GGAAGGCGCAGGGAGCGAAGGUGUUGUUUUUGUCCCUCUGUCAUAUGGUGUUUCUUGUUGCAAAAUAUACAGCGGUGUAAAAUUUGUUGGUAAAAUUUGGUGCAGUGCAUAUGAAGACCCAACUCGCAGCCUGAAAAUAGUUCAACAUGAAUAUAUCAGCGCUUUGGUGCUUACCCACUCUUCUGCUUCUCAUUGCCCUUGCUAUUGCUGAGGAUGACACAGCCGGUCCUGUAUACAUCCGGGAGCCUCCAAACAGGGUGGAUUUCUCCAACACGACUGGGGCAGUAGUAGAGUGCUCAGCGCGUGGCAACCCUGUGCCAGAGAUCAUCUGGGUUCGAUCUGACGGUACUGCGGUAGGAGACGUGCCAGGACUCAGACAGGUUUUACCAAAUGGAAAUCUGGUAUUUCCCCCUUUCCGAGCAGAAGACUACCGCCAAGAAGUUCAUGCACAAGUUUAUGUAUGUCUAGCGAGGAAUUCUGUUGGAACAAUUCACUCCAGAGAUGUCAACGUGAGAGCUGUGGUAGCUCAGUUCUAUGUUACGGAAGCCGAGAAUGAAUAUGUUAUCCGUGGCAACAGUGCAGUGAUGAAAUGCAAGAUUCCAAGUUUUGUGGCAGAUUUCGUCUCGGUUGAGUCGUGGGUUGCAGAUGACGGACAAACCCUUACUUACUCCACAACGUCUGAUAAUUACGAUGGAAAGUACUUGGUGUUACCAUCUGGAGAGCUUCAUAUUCGUGAUGUUGGUCCCGAAGACGGUUAUAAGUCUUACCAAUGUCGAACAAAACAUCGCCUCACUGGAGAGACAAGACUGAGUGCCACCAAGGGUCGUUUGGUCAUCACUGAGCCUACAAGUAACAUAGCCCCAAAGUCUCCUGCUGGAGGGAAGAAAUUUUAUGGUGGUGAGAUGGUAACUCCAUUCGUGGGAGAAGUUGCCUUUCUGACAUGUCAAGUUGUUGGGUACCCCGUCCCUAUGUUCCGGUGGUACAAGUUUGUUGAUGGUACAAUGCGCAAACAAGCUGUGACACUCGAUGACAGAGUGAAGCAAGUGAGUGGCACGCUCAUCAUCAAGGAAGCCAGAGUAGAGGAUUCUGGGAAAUACCUGUGCGUGGUGAACAAUUCCGUUGGGGGUGAGAGCGUUGAGACUGUCCUCACUGUCACAGCCCCACUUGCAGCUAACAUCGAGCCCACAACGCAGACAGUUGACUUUGGUCGCCCUGCUGUGUUCACAUGUAACUUUGAAGGUAACCCUAUCAAGAUGAUCAGCUGGCUUAAAGAUGGGAAGUCUCUGAGUCAUGAGGACUCAGUGCUGAGGAUUGAGUCAGUGAAGAAGGAAGAUAAAGGGAUGUAUCAGUGCUUUAUUCGCAACGACCAGGAGAAUGCGCAGGCUAGCGCAGAACUGAAACUGGGUGGACGAUUUGAACCUCCACAGAUCCGACAGGCAUUCAAAGAAGAAACCCUUCAGCCAGGUCCGUCAGUGUUCUUGAAGUGUAUUGCAUUAGGUAACCCCACACCAGAGAUAACAUGGGAACUUGAUGGGAAGAAGUUGUCUAACAGUGACCGAUUGCAGGUUGGCCAAUACGUGACAGUGAAUGGCGAUGUUGUCUCGCAUCUCAACAUCUCAUCAAUCCAUACCAAUGAUGGGGGACUGUACAAGUGUAUCGCAUCAUCCAAAGUUGGCUCAGUUGAACAUGCUGCCAAACUGAACGUGUUUGGUCUGCCAUUCAUCCGUCCCAUGGAGAAGAAGGCUAUUGUUGCAGGAGAGACGUUGAUCGUCACAUGUCCUGUUGCUGGUUAUCCUAUAGAAACUAUUGUCUGGGAGAGAGAUGGCCGUGUGCUGCCGAUCAACAGGAAGCAGAAAGUUUUUCCCAACGGAACUCUUAUUAUUGAAAAUGUGGAACGGCUAUCUGACCAAGCUACAUACACCUGUGUUGCGCGUAAUGCACAGGGUUACAGCGCACGUGGUACUCUUGAAGUUCAAGUCAUGGUUAUACCACAGAUCCUGCCGUUCUCGUUUGGCGCUGAGCCAGCAAAUGACGGAGAAAUGUCUGUUAUUCAAUGUGCUGUUGUGAAGGGCGAUUCUCCCAUUACCAUUGCUUGGAUUUUCAAUGGUGUUGAGAUCACUCCUGGCCAUCAGGGCAUAUCGUUGUCUAAGGCUAACCAACGAAUUAGUACACUGAGCAUCGAAGCUGUGCGUGCUCGCCACAGUGGGGAGUAUACCUGCAGGGCGAGAAAUGCUGCAGGGGAGGUGAACCACACAGCUCACCUUCAUGUUAAUGUCCUGCCUCACAUCAUCCCUUUUGAUGUCGAAGAAGAAGUAAAUACAGGAGACAGCGUGCAGCUGAACUGUCAUGUAUCCAAGGGAGACAAACCCUUGAAGAUCACAUGGAAUUUCCAUGGGGAGGAGUUGUCUUCACACAUGGGGAUCACAACUACGAAGGUUGGUGACAGGUCGAGCAUCCUCACGAUCGUAUCUGUCAUGGCAGCCCACAGUGGGAACUACACUUGCACAGCCCAGAAUGCAGCGGGAACAGCCAGCUAUACAGCCAUGGUCCAUGUGAACGUGCCACCAAGGUGGAUCCUGGAACCAACUGACAAAGCAUUUGCUCAAGGCAGCGAUGCUAAAGUUGAGUGUAAAGCCGAUGGGUUCCCCAGACCCCAGGUCACAUGGAAGAGGGCUGCUGGGGACACACCCGGUGAUUACAAAGAUCUGAAACCAAACAAUCCAAACAUCAAAGUGGAAGAUGGAACUCUCACUAUUAACAACAUCCAGAAAACUAAUGAAGGUUAUUACUUAUGUGAGGCUGUCAAUGGUAUAGGUUCUGGGCUGUCCGCUGUCAUUCUCAUCAGCGUGCAAGCACCACCACACUUUGAAAUCAAACUCAGGAACCAGACAGCUCGACGUGGUGAGCCGACAGUAUUGCAAUGUGAGGCCCGUGGUGAGAAGCCAAUUGGAAUCCGCUGGAACAUGAACAAUAAACGACUUGAUCCCAAGACUGAUACCAGGUACACAAUGCGAGAAGAAAUACUUCCAAAUGGUGUCCUGUCUGACCUCAGCAUCAAACAGACUGAACGUACUGACUCAGCACUCUUUACUUGUGAAGCAACAAAUGCAUUCGGAAUUGAUGAUACCAGCAUCAACUUGAUCAUUCAAGAGGUACCCGAAGUGCCUUAUGGCUUGAGAGUGUUGGACAAAUCUGGGCGUUCCGUUCAGCUGUCGUGGGCCGCCCCUUAUGAUGGCAAUUCUCCAAUCAAGCGUUAUCUCAUUGAGUACAAGAUCGCAAGAGGCACGUGGGAAGCGGACAUUGACCGUGUUUUGGUACCAGGGCAGCAGACAGUGGCUGGUGUGUUCAACCUUAGACCUGCCACCACAUAUCACUUGCGCAUUGUUGCUGAGAAUGAAAUCGGAACAUCAGAACCUUCUGACACUGUUCCCAUCAUCACUGCAGAAGAGGCUCCUGGAGGUCCUCCGACAGCUGUCAAGGUGGAAGCUGAGGACCAGCACAAACUCAAGAUCUCAUGGAAACCUCCAGAGAGGGAUCAGUGGAACGGCGAGAUUCUUGGCUACUAUGUGGGCUAUAAGCUCGCUUCUUCUGACAAGCCAUAUCUGUUCGAGACUGUUGAGUUUAGCAAAGAGGAAGGGAAAGAACAUCAUCUGCAGGUUGGCGAGCUGAAGACGUACACACAGUACUCAGUGGUGGUACAAGCAUUCAACAAGGUUGGUCCGGGUCCUAUGUCAGAAGAGACACGUCAGUACACAGCUGAAGGAAUUCCUGAGCAGCCCCCUCAGGAUACCACAUGCACCACCCUCACCUCACAGACAAUCCGAGUGUCGUGGGUCUCUCCCCCCCUCACUGCUGCAAAUGGUAUAAUCAAAGGCUACAAGGUUGUGUAUGGCCCCAGUGACGCAUGGUAUGAUGAAAACACCAAAGAUACAAAGAUAACUUCAUCAAGUGAAACCAUCCUUCAUGGCUUGAAAAAGUACACCAAUUAUAGCAUGCAAGUUCUGGCCUUCACAUCAGGUGGCGAUGGUGUUCGCAGUGCUCCAAUCCAUUGCCAGACAGAGCAAGACGUUCCUGAAGCUCCAAGUGCAGUGAAGGCUCUUGUAAUGUCAGGAGAUUCCAUCUUGGUGAGCUGGAAGCCCCCAGAGCAACCCAACGGCAUUGUAUCACAAUAUACCGUAUACGUGCGUGAGGACAGCGCAGAAGCCAAAGACGAAAAACCUAAGCUCACAAAAGUGCCACCUUUCCAAAUGAGUUUUGAAGCAUCAGAAUUGAAGAAAAAGGAGCGUUACGAAUUCUGGGUAACAGCAUCUACUAUAAUUGGUGAAGGCCAGCCAUCAAAAUCUGUUUCUUUGUCUCCAAGCAGUAGAGUUCCUGCUAAGAUCGCUUCAUUUGAUGACUCCUUCUCGGCAACAUACAAGGAGGAUGUUAAGCUGCCAUGUCUUGCUGUUGGAAUUCCUGCUCCAGACAUCCAGUGGAAGGUGAAGGGCGUUGCUUUCCAGCAGGACGAUCGCAUCCGCCAGCUGCCCGAAGGCUCAUUAUUCAUCAAAUCUGUCACACGUCAGGAUGCCGGAGAGUAUUCGUGCUCAGUGGAAAACUCAUUUGGACAUGAUACAGUCACUCACCAGCUUGUUGUUCACGCUCCACCACACUCUCCACAGGUUUCCUUGACAUCAAUGACAACCAAUUCAAUUACAAUGAAGUUGCGCCCCCAUCCUACUGAUACAGCCCCUCUACAUGGUUACACGGUUCAUUACAAACCUGAGUUUGGAGACUGGGAGACUGUUCAAGUCUCAAACCAAGCUCAGAAAUACACGCUCGAGAACCUGUGGUGUGGAUCGCGUUACCAAGUCUAUGUUACAGGAUAUAAUGGCAUUGGUACAGGUGACCCGUCAGACAUUCUGAACACACGAACCAAGGGCUCCAAACCCGUGAUCCCAGAAGCAGGCCGCUUUAUUGAGGUCUCCACCAACAGCAUCACACUGCAUCUGAGUGCAUGGUCUGAUGGUGGAUGUCCCAUGAUUUACUUUGUUGUGGAACACAAGAAGAAACUGCAUACAGAAUGGAAUCAGGUUUCCAACAAUGUCAAGCCUGGUGGUAACUUUGUAGUGCUGGACUUGGACCCUGCCAACUGGUACCAUUUGCGCGUUACCGCUCACAACAAUGCUGGAUUUGCGGUAGCAGAAUACGAAUUUGCUACACUCACCGUAACCGGAGGUACUAUUGCUCCAGCACGCGAGAUCCCUGAUCAAGGGGCCAAUUCCCCAAUCCGCAUCUUCCUCUCAAAUCUGAAUCUUGUGGUCCCUGUAGCAGCAGCUGUUCUGGUGAUAAUCAUAGCGGUUGUGGUGAUCUGUGUGCUGCGUGGCAAGAAUUCGCACCAGAAAGGUAAGCGGCAUCGUAUGUUGGGAACCAUUGCACCGCCCGAGCAGGAACACACGUCUGUGAACCAGUACUUCCCAUGGGUGCCGGAGUGGCUGGACCUCAACAUUGUUGUUCCCAUAGGGGCAACUGUAGUGGUCAUUAUAGUGGGCGUUGUUGUGAUCUGUGUCGCCUUGUCACGACGGUCCCGGGGUCCUGAACAGACUCGUCUCAGAGAUGAUGUUGCAUACAACCAGUCGGCUGGUGGGAAUUCUACAAUGGAUAAGCGACGCCCAGACCUUCGUGAUGAGCUCGGUUACAUUGCACCUCCAAACCGAAAGCUGCCACCUGUGCCGGGCUCCAACUACAAUACAUGCGAUCGCAUCAAGAGAGGUCAUUCAGGCUCCUUCCGCAGUCAUGCCACCUGGGACCCCCGUCACCCUCGCCACAUGUACGAGGAACUGAGCCUUCAUCCACCAGGCAUUCGUCGCAUUCCCGCCCACCCAGGCUCAGAUGAGACAGUGUACCACAGAGCAGGUAUGGAAGAUGAGAUCUGUCCAUAUGCCACCUUCCAUCUGCUAGGAUUCCGUGAAGAAAUGGAUCCUAACAAGGCAAUGCAGUUCCAGACAUUUCCACACCAAAAUGGACAUGAACGCACACACAGUGGCACCAUAGGCCCAAUGGGUCCCGGUGGGGUGGCUGGAAAUGGGCAUAUCCAUCAGCGUAGUGGGUCCCAGUCCAUGCCUCGAGCCAACGGACGUUACUCACGAGUAGCCAACCAGAAUGGUGCUGCCAACUUUGCACCUGGACCAGAGUAUGAUGAUCCCGCCAACUGUGCUCCCGAAGAAGAUCAAUAUGGUAGCCAGUAUGGCCAGUACGGUGCUCCUUAUGAUCACUACGGCAGUCGAGGUUCUGUCAGCCGACGUAGUGUAGGUUCUGCCCGUAACUUGCCCUUGUCUGGGAGCCCUGAACCCCCUCCACCUCCUCCAAGGAAUCAUGACCCUAACAGUUCGUCUUUCAACGACUCCAAAGAAAGCAACGAGAUCUCAGAGGCAGAGUGUGACCGUGAUCAGCUUGUAAAUCGCAAUUACGGAGUAAAUGUCAGGGCCAACAACAAGGACUUGACUACAGAGGAAAUGAGAAAGCUCAUAGAGAGGAAACCAAACGAAGCAGGGCACCAAAACGGACUCACAGUCACACCCUACGAUACUUUGGCAGUGUAACCUUUAGUUCCAGAUGCAGGAAAUACAGCUGUGCCAUCGUCUGUUGCAAAUGGAACCAGGAAGCAUCAAUUAAGCUCUUUAUUCCUCUGACAUCAGAAUCUGUUUUCCAUAAGGGUUACAUUCCUGGUUCCAAUUUUCAACAUUUUCAAAUUAUUGUUUUGUCCAAUUUUAAUAUCUUUUUUUUUUUUUUAUUAUUUAUGUAACUUUUUAAACAGUAACAUCAUGUGUCCAUGUUCCCAUGUCGGCUAGGGAAGGCAAUUGAAAUGAUUCUCUGGCAGAUCUCCUUGAUAUUUGCUUUUGAGUUUGAUUUAAAUGAAAGCUCAAACUUUGUGACAUGUGAUAUUUUGUCGUGUAUGUAUGUUUUAAGUGUCCACCCAAAAAGAAAAUGACAGUUAAUCCUUGGAUGUAAUGAAGUGUAAUCAAUUUUCAGAAUUAUCAAAUUUUAUCUGAACAGCUUCAUGUACUAACCAUGACGGUACUGUGCUUUGAUUUGUUUACAUCAUAUUCUGAAUGUCGUCUUCAUAACAUUGUAUACUCUACUACUGUUGUUAGCAUUUAGCAUGUAAUGUUUUUUGUCAUGAUCUACACGACCUCGUCGGUUAGUGUGGCUAUGAUUAUUUAUGCAUUGAGUCCUUUUCUGAUAUUUUGAAUGAAACCCACGAAGAGAAAGACCUUGCUGUAGGAACGUGAGAUUAUCCUUUAGCUUUGCUGAGUAGAGUUUUGUUUCGUUGGCUGUAAUGUAUAAUACUAAUGUAUCGAGUUCGUACUUUCCAGGGUUGUUCUUAUACGCAGUAGUCCAUAAGUUUCAUGAAUGCGGGAGCGCCAUAAGUUAAUCACAUGUCGUAAAAGUUAAGCAGAAUGCAUUCAUUAUAUUAUGCAUGCAACAAACAUAGCAUAAACCAUAUAUUAACAAAAAUAAGCUUCUAGCAGAAGUCACAUGGCUAUAUUACAGAAUAUAGUAAGCGCUUUGAAAAUGUGUUUAAACGUUUUAGGUAAUACUGUGUUUUACAUAAUCUUCGAGACAACAAUAUUCAUAUAGUGUUCUUUUUUCUGUGUGUUUGUAUUUAUGUGGGUUGUAAACGUUUACUGACAGAUUUUCCAGGAGUUUCUUGCAUUACAUGAGUAUUGUAUUUUGUAUGAUUAGGAUUUUAAUAGUUUUUAGAUAGAAUUUCUAGCAUAUUAAUUCCUUUAAGUUUUAAUUGAAUGAUUAGAUGUUUCUAUUUGUAUAAUUAAAUUUUUGGAACGUAGGCUACUCCACUCAGUGAUGCAAGAGAUCUGAUGAGCAAAAGAAACAAGAGCCACAAUAUUUAUAUGGAAGGAGUCCUCGAACUGUUAAAUUUGUUUAUAAAUCUUUGAAAUCAUGUUGGGUUUUCUGUUCCCUGGGUUUUGGGGACUACCGUAUUAAGUGUGAAAUGAGCUAUUUGUACCAAAGUUGUAGAAGUAAUGAAUUUUUUGUGUUAUUAAAGAUUUACAGUCAAAUCCUUAAA